UAAGGCCUUGUAAAAAUUUUACAGAUUAUCAUAACUCCUCGUACACCAUCGUACUCUGUUGUAUAGGGUGCAUUUAAAAUAUUGGAUUUAUAUCGAAUGGAGCACGAAUGGCGUAUACGUAUAGAUAUCGAUAACUUUUGAUUGAUUUUUGCUUUUGCUUAGCAAACAAAUGUCAAAUGAUAGUUGUCAAAUGUCAAAAUUGUGGAAAUAGUACCUAGACCAUAAUUAUACCUCUAUGAGUAGACCGGUGAUAGUAGACAAUAGUAGAGUAGGUAGUAAUGUAGUAUUUACCAAUUGAAUAAUUAUCAAUUAUCCAUCUAAUACGUAAAUAUCGUGUUACUAUAAGAAUCUGCAGUCAAAACCAGAGUUAAAUGUGAUGUAACCAUGUCCGACGACGAGGUUAUCCGCUUCGAGAUCACCGACCACGACCUGGACAAUGAGUUCAACCCCAACAGGAACCGACGCGCCAAGAAGGAGCACCAAAUAUACGGUGUGUGGGCAAAGGACAGCGAUGACGAAGACAAUGAAGACAACAUCCGGCGCAGGACGCGCAAGCCCAAGGACUUCUCAGCGCCCAUCGGCUUUGUGGCGGGCGGCGUGCAGCAGGCCGGCAAGAACAAGGAGGACAAACAAGAAGUGGAAAAGUCAGACGCGUCCUCAUCAAAGGCGAAGUUCGUGGACAGUUCAGACGAAGAAGUGUCGGCUCCCGACGAGAGCGAGACGGCGGGCAUUCGACGCGCGGGGCAGGGCAUGCGCAGCGCGCCGCUCGGGGGCAGCGUGGGCACGUGGGAGAGACACACUAAGGGCAUCGGCGCCAAGCUGCUGCUGCAGAUGGGCUACCAGCCGGGCAAAGGUCUGGGCAAGGACCUGCAGGGCAUCUCGGCGCCGGUGGAGGCCACCGUGCGGAAGGGCAGAGGGGCCAUCGGGGCUUAUGGGCCCGAGAAAGCUGCCCAAAAAGCCAAGCAGGAGGAGGAGCGUCGCCUGAAGGAGAAGGAAGAAGAGGAGAAAGGCACCAAAGAAAAAACGUAUAACUGGAAAAAGUCACACAAGGGCCGCUACUUCUACAAGGACGCGGCGGACGUCAUACAGGAGGGCAAGCCCACCAUGCACACUGUCACCAGCAGUGCGGCAGCAUGCAGCACGCCCGUGAUCGACAUGACGGGGCGCGCGCGGCGCGUGCUGAGCGGCUACCACGCGCUGCGCGCCGCGGCGCCGCGCUACGAGCACGAGCCGCGCCGCGCCUGCACGCGCUUCGCCGCGCCCGCGCUCGCGCACAACCUGCACCUAGCCGUGGACUGCUGCGAGCGGGACAUCAUCCAGAACGCGCGCGAGCUGCAGCAGGCCGAGGACGAGAUCGUGGUGCUGGAGCGCGACCUGGAGGAGUGCAACCUCAAGCUGCGCGGCGAGGACGAGGUGAUCGGCAAGGUGCAGGCCAUCCUGGCGCGCGUGCAGGAGCUCACGCGCCCCGACGUGUCGCUGGAGACCGUGCACGAGGUGCUCGCCGAACUGAAGGAGACGUUCCCGCUGGAGUACGGCAUGUUCGGGCUGGGCACCGUCGGCGGCAGCAUCGUCAGCCCGCUGCUCAGCGCGCUCACGGCGGGCUGGAACCCGCUGACGGCGCCCGCGCUGCCCGCGCCCGCCUUCCGCAAGUGGCGCGCGCUGCUGGACGAGGAGGCAUACAACGCGCUGCUGUGGCAGCACUUCGUGCCGCGCUUCGCCGCGGCGGCUGAGGAGUGGAACCCGCGCGCGCCGGAGCUCAUGCUGGGCGUGGUGGAGGCGUGGCGCGACGCGUGCCCCGAGUGGGUGGCGCGCGCGGCCGUGGCGCGCCACGUGGUGCCGCGCGUGCUGGCCGGCGUCAAGGCGUGGGACCCCACGCGCGACCCGCAGCCGCUGCACGCCUGGGUGCUGCCCUGGCACCCGCUGGCCGGGGAGACGCUGUCGCGCGAGGUGUACCCGCUCAUCCGCGCGCGGCUGGCGGCGGCGCUGGCGGCGUGGCACCCCGCCGACCAGAGCGCCAAGCCGCUGCUGGCGGCGUGGCGCGGCGCCUGGGGGCCCGCGCUCACGCCGCUGCUGCACCACCACGUGGCGCCCAAGCUGGAGCACUGCCUGCACGCCGCGCCCAUCGAGCUGCUGCACGCCAAGCAGAACUCGGCGUGGCUGUGGUGCGUGGAGUGGGUGGAGCUGGUGGGCGCGCCCACCAUCGCCGCCAUCGCGGCGCGCGCGCUGCUGCCGCGCUGGCUCAGCGCGCUGGCGGCGUGGCUCAACACGGCGCCGCCGCACGCCUCCGUGCUGGCCUCCUACACCGACUUCAAGAAAAUGUUCCCCGAAGAGAUCCUCAAGGAGGCCGCGGUGCGCGACAUGUUCCGCAAGGCGCUGGACAUGCUCAACCGCAGCUCCGACCUGCAGUGCGCGGAGCCGCCGCCCGCGCCGCGCCUCGCCGCCGCGCCCGCGCCCUCCGCCGCCGCCGACCUCGUGCCGGCGUCGCAGCACAAGAGCUUCUCGGAGCUGCUGGAGGCGCGCUGCGCCGAGCGCGGCAUCACGUUCGUGCCGGUGCCGGGCAAGGCGCGCGAGGGCCGGCCGCUGUACGCCGUGGGCGCGCUGCAGUGCUACGUCAUCCGCAACGUCAUCAUGUACUCCGAGGACGGCGGCCGCAGCUUCGCGCCCGUGCCCAUGGAGAGGCUGCUCGCUCUGGUGGCGGAGUGAGCGCCGACCUCGUGCCGGCGUCGCGGCGGAAGAGCCUAGGCCUCCUAGGGCAUGGAAGUAUUGGCAGUCGAUCGAUCGACCUGUGUUUCAACACCACACCACACCUCGAGCUGAGUUACGGCUGUAGGCUAGGGGCACUCGCCUCAACGUGGAAUCACGAAGCUUCUUCCAAGUAACCCAGCUCGUUGUCUCGGUAGCGCCAGUAAAAUGCGAGAUAUUGUGUAAAUAUAAGUGUGAGCUGGGCUUACGAGCAGCAGCUCCAACUAUUUGUCGUUCAUUAAAGCCUGGAGCACGGCGACUUCUUAGGGAUGCUUCACAAUUGAUAUUCAGAAUCCAUGUAACAAACUUUCUUAGUGUCCCACAACUUAUAUCAUGACAAUACUUUCGCGAAACAAAUCGCGGACGGCCAUGACACUUGCAAAGACACUUUUGCCUAGAGAUGCGAAGAGACGUUCGGAAAUUAAUAGUAUUGCAAUAAUUUAUAUAUUUUAAUAUUAAUCGGGGUCGGACCGGCCCCGAGCGUGACACCAACCACAACAUCUGCUCCCUGCACAACCUGCAGCUGCUACAAGUGAUCACACUAAUAUUAUAAAGGCGAAAGUUUGUAUGU